UUUGCUGCUUCCUCUGCCGUGGGCAUCAACCGCUGGCGAUUUCUGCUCCAGUCUCUGGAAGAUCUGGACAACAGUUUAAGGAAACUCAACUCUCGCUUGUUUGUCGUGCGAGGGCAGCCAACAGAUGUCUUCCCAAGACUCUUUAAAGAAUGGGGAGUCACUCGUCUCACAUUCGAAUACGACUCGGAGCCCUUUGGUAAGGAGAGAGAUGCAGCUAUCGUCAAACUGGCCAAGGAGGCUGGUGUGGAAGUGGUGAUAGAGAACUCCCACACCCUCUACGACCUGGACAG